AUGGAAGUAAGAACCACCCAACCCAUUGCGCUUCCAGUUAUCUAUGACUGUCGAGAGGACUUUUUGUCGCAUUUUGCUGGUAAGGCCUUUUCUACCUUCGAGGCGUUCAGCAAGGAGCUGCAGGCCUUCGAAGAUGCCACGGGGAUGCAGUACAUGAUGAAACGAACUUGCCUCUUUAACGAAGGCACUCUUGGCAGAGAGUACCUAAUUUAUCGAUACAUGCAUUAUGCUUGUGUCCGCCACGUUCGCCCUGCUAGCAAAAUGGGUCAGAGAUCCGGUGGGACGCACUGUCAAGCCUACUUCUCCGUCGGCACUCGGAAGCACAAACUCUUUGUGCGCCAUUACGACAUGCAGCACAAUCAUCCCGCUCACAUGGACCCCAUGAUCGAGGUGCCACCUCCUGCGCAUUCCCAAACCCUCUCGUCCCUCCCUCCUCCUCCCCGUCCUCUCUCACCUCCACCCUCUUGCACCGUUGGGAACGACGCUGCCGCCACUGCCACGGUGCAGGAUUCCACUGCGGACUUUUUGCGCAUUUUCCACAGCCUCUCCUUUGUCUCCUUUGCGGAGUUGCAGGCGAAAAUGGAGGAGUUUCAGCUUGCAACGGGCAAUCGCUAUGUUAAGACAAACACUCGGCGUCUACCCUUGGGGUCGCCAUAUGCUGAGACACUUGUAUACAGCCAUCUGGUAUACAUCUGUUAUCGCUAUGGCAACCAGGUCAGUGAAGCAAAACAGCGCAGGCUGCAGAGAACUUCAAAGAUUGGCUGCCGCAGCAAGAUCUACUUCUACUCCCAAGACAACCAACUUCACGUGCGUCGUUACGACUUCCGUCAUAAUCACGAGGUCCGUCCAGAUUUGGUUCACUUUCCACCGAAACGCCGGCGAACGCGGAAAGAGAAGGAGGCGGAAGAAGCGGCUGCGGCAGCAGUGGCAUCUGCUUCUGCCACAUCCAUUGGCGCUACUGUUUGUGGUACUGACGCUGCUCCUUUGGCGCUCUCAUCGGGGAUGGUGAAACUCGACACUGUCACUCGAGCGUCUCCUAGUGGUCUCUUCAGACACCCUCCGAGUUUGAACCUUGCUUCGGAAGAAGUCGAUGAAGAUGUGGAGGAGGAAGAAGUGGACGAAGACGACGAAUUCGAUGAAGACGAUGAUGAUGAAGACAAUGACCUACCUCAGCUCUAUCUACAAUCGAACGGUUACGGGCAUCAAAAUCUCUUGGAGGAUGACUUCCGAUCUGUUUUUCCAAUGCACGACUUCGAGAUACCUCUACAACCACAACAGUCGUUGGAUGCCAGUGGUUGUUUCAAUCUCCCUCCGGGUGCUUAUCACCUCUACGGCGGAAGUCUUCCAACAUCACAGGCAAUCGAUAUGUCGGCGGAGGACUUGGUACCUAUGGGACAUUGUGAUUUAGAAACUGAGGAAGAAAAUCUGUCUGUGGAGACGCCGAGGUCACUGUCCCGAGAGCCUCUGGAGGCGAUGCUGCCAUCGCGCUUGGAUCCUCAGCUCCAAAGACUAGGUGAAUUAGCCAGCAGUUGCGGACCAAUCCGAUUUGCAAGUCGGUUGAGGGAACUGAAGGCUCUUGGUGAUAAGUGGACGCGGGAGAAUGAAAUCUUAAUGCUUAAAAGUCGGAGAAGCGCUUGCCAUAAUCUCUUGGCCAAUAUGAGGUUGCUUGUUGGCAUUACGUGCUUGUAUUUUUUGGCGCAGGACAUAGAAUGUGCACCGGUUCACAAGACUUCAUUACCUCGAGGCAAACAAGCCCAAUUGAUUUCCGACGAAUUCAGAGAUUAUCUGGGGAACCUCUUUAAAGCGCUAGAAAAUUCAACAGAAUUCUUAGAUCAUGUUUCGAGUCUGCAUGAAACCGACUCCAGUGUCAACAUAUCACUUCUCUCAAAAGAAGUGAGAGAAAAAUUAAACCUAAUUAAAUAUGGAACAAAAAAUUAUUUCGUUGAUCUUCUGAAAUUAAAACGGGAUAGUGAAGCUGGGGAAAAAGUUGCUAUUCCCUCAGACAUAGCCAAAGCGCUCGAUAUUGGUAAUUCAACGGAAUUCUCUGCUGAAGAUGUAGAAACGAUCUUAAAAAUGCUACGAGAGCGUCAAGAUGCCAUCGAUCGCGAGGAGAUUGUCUUUCUUAAUGAAGUUGAAGUGAUGAAGGUACUGGAACGCUGGGAGGCCCAUGUGAACGACACAACAGCCGUUCGUGAAAAGGUCCAACAUGAUUUUGAGCUUGCGAAGAAGAAGCACCCCAAACCCGGACGCUUCCAUGAACCGGGGAGUCGAGCCCAAGAACGAGAACAAUGGCGAAAAGGAGAUGAUAUGCCCGAAGAUGAAUUUGAUCCGCGAGUGUUCUUCAUAAUGCAUGAUUUGAACUCGGACGGUGUUUGGGACCCUGAGGAAAUAGAUGCGAUGCUUUCUGCCCAGAUUGGACAAAUAGAUGAGGAUCGGCCAGAAAGGCAGGACGAAUACAGGGUCCAAAUGCGACGAAAGAUGCUGGAGGUUAUGGACCGUAAUGGUGAUGGAUUGAUUGAUUACAAGGAGCAUAUGAAACACAGUACUUCGCCUGAGGGCAUGAAUGACAGUGGAUGGGAGCCUGACGAAGAUGAGGACGAAGACUUGGACGAUUUCGGCCCUUUUCCUACGGAGGAAGACCUUCGACAGAUUUCCAAGAAGAUUCAUAACCUCGACGCCAUGGAUCCAGACUCUAAGAUGGUUCGGUACCUGCGAGAACGUUUCAAUCGUCUACAACAUGAUAUGAAACUCAAAAAACUAAACCCCUAA